AUGGUCCACACCACCACCAAAAGUUGCACCUCAUUCCUCUCCUCCCUGCCUCGGAGCUGCAGUGAAAUCAGAGAGGAACACCCCAGCGCACAGGAUGGGCUGUACCUGCUCCGCACGGAGAAGGGGCUCAUCUACCAGACCUUCUGUGACAUGACCACGAAUGGGGGAGGCUGGACGCUGGUGGCCAGUGUGCACGAGAACUACCUGGCGGGAAAGUGCACAGCGGGGGACCGCUGGUCCAGCCAGCAGGGCAACCGGGCCGACUACCCCGAGGGGGACGACAACUGGGCCAAUUACAACACCUUCGGGUCCGCAGAGGCGGCCACCAGUGAUGACUACAAGAACCCCGGCUACUAUGACAUCCAGGCCCUGGACCUGGGCAUCUGGCAUGUGCCCAACAAGACGCCCCUGGACUCCUGGAGGAACAGUUCCCUGUUGAGGUACCACACCUUCUCGGGCUUCUUCCAGAGACUCGGACACAAUCUCUUUGGCCUCUACCAGAGGUACCCGGUGAAAUACAGCAUCGGGAAGUGUUGGACAGACAACGGCCCAGCCAUUCCUGUGGACUAUGACUAUGGAGAUGCCAAAAAAACCGCCUCUUACUACUCCCCGCAGGGCCAGAAGGAGUUUGAGGCCGGGUUCAUCCAGUUCCGGGUGUUCAAUAAAGAGAAAGCAGCCAACGCUCUGUGUGCAGGGAUGAGAGUCACAGGAUGCAACACAGAAUACCACUGCAUUGGGGGAGGUGGUUACUUUCCGGAGGGGGUCAGACAAUGCGGGGACUUCUCUGCUUUUGACUGGAAUGGAUACGGGACCCACUACUGGUACAGCAGCAGCCGGGAAAUCACGGAGGCGGCCGUGCUUCUGUUCUACCGCUGA